CUCGUCCGUUUCCAUGACUACCAACCACACCCCAAACCUGGGAAGAAUAAGAAAAAUCCACGUAAGAAAAAUCAAUCACUCCCAGCAACAAUGGAGGAGGAUAGUCCUGGCCACACCCACAAGUCACAUGACGGGUCAUUGGGUGUGUCAGUGUGUGAGAAGAGAGAAGAUGACGACAGGACGUCUGGCAAGAAAACUGGCCCUGCUAGCCACACCCACCAAGGUAAGACUACACCAUCACACUUGUUUC